AUGAAAGCACUAUACAACAAUGCAGGCUUGUGCGAGGGCCGGCCCGUCAUCCCUCCCGGCCCCCCGACCAUUUUGUAAGCCCGGCCCGGCCUUAGCGAGCCUCAAAAAAAUGGCCCGCCCGGCCCGAAAUCGCCCUAAUUUUUUUCUAAUCGGAUAUCGAGUUUUUUACGACAGAAAUUACGUUUUUGCUCAUUUUUUCUAUUAAAGUUUAACAAAAACUAUUAUUUCAGAAGUAAAAGUCACAUUUCGGUGAAAAUUUUUUAAAUGAAAUUUUAAAUUUUUUUGAAGCCCGGCCCGGCCCGAGCCCACGCGGUCUUUUUCCUGAGAAUAAAGCCCAAAGCCCGGGCCAGGCCGGGCCGCCCGACCUGACGCACAAGCCUGCCGGUGGCUUAUUUUUAUGACGUCGUAUUUUUUAAUAUCGAAACGAAGCCAUGAAGUCUUUACAAGUUUCCACGUUCGUUUUUUACGCCUCUUUCGUUUAUGAUUUUCUCAAAAUUUAAUGUGAAAACUGUAACAAAAGGACGACAGCUUCUCAUUUUUUGUUUCACGAAAUGAAUUUUUUCCUGAUUUUUUUCGGCUUUUUUCCGUUCGCCAACGCUCUCGCCACUCGAUGCGUCGCAUUGGUAAUUUCGAUCUUUUAUAGUUUUUUUCAUAGUAUAUUUAAGAGUUUCAAAAUUUCACUUGCCAAUUCGUUUUCAUAAAUUUGUUCGAAAGUGCUCGGAACACCUUUAAAACGUAAUCAGGGGCGCUGGGUAGUAUUACAAAGAUAGAAAAAAUGUAUUUCGAAACCGUAGAUCAGUGAAAAAUGCGAAAAAAAGGAAUCAGGACCCCCGCGCGUGCGUGAACGAGUGAGUCUGAGCUAUAGUCUGUUUUGAAAAAAAAAACAUGUAUGUGACCGGCUGCUAUUUAUAUGGUACCUGGAUACUACCGGGUAUGUUUUCUGACGAGAGAAUGCUUUCCGGUACCAAAAAAUCAGCUAAUAAGUAGCUACCCGUUAUCUACUUGUAUCUAUAUACCUUUUAAUUCACCUUUUCAGAAAAAAAUCGCUGACAACAGCGUUCAAGUCGUGCAACUUGAAGAGCCACUGAAAAUCGGAGAUGCGGUUUCCUUCAACGUCACUGCCAGGCCUCAAUCUCCAUUGUAUGUUUUUCAUUUCUUGACUUGAUUGUUUCUGAUUCAAUAGAUGAUACGUUUACCAGAAUAUUCUUAGAAAUGUGUACAUGUAAGCUUUAAAUAACGCUUUCCAUAGAAAAGAUAAAGUUCAUGAGCCUUAAGUUUUUAUCUUGGAAUUCGAUAUAGAGGCAUUUCGCGCAAAAAUGAUGGUUGACACCAGUUUAUAUCUUUCCCUUUUCAGUGCUAUCAUCAGUUUCUAUGAAGGGUCCCCAAAAAAGCACGACCCAAAAAUUCUGGUUUCUCUCCACGUCAAAGUCAAUUUGAACUCGAGCAAAGUCAUCUUCAACACGAUGGCCGUAUGUUACAUUCUCGCUCCUCAAAGGAUUUUGUUAAAUAAUCACGUUUUUUUUUCAGAAAAGCGGUUGGUUCAAGGAGGAACCAAGGCAAACCACUGUUAAACACGGCUCGGAUUUCAAGAUUGAUAUUAAGUCUAUUUCAGUAUUUUCCUGAAGAAAUUUGUCAAUUCAGAGUCCUUGAAACGGCCUACGCGAUUUCCCUCAACGGAAAACUCAUUUACACUUACAACUACCGUGUGCCGACCUUUAGGAAAGUUCAGGCGAUUGGUUUCCAAGGAAUCCAGUUCAGAGAUUAUGGGUGAGCAAAAAGAGAAAGAAAAAAAAAACGAAAAUCGUUAAUUUCCAUUAACGCGCUGCCUCUGUACUUUUCAAAAUUUUCUCAAAAACAGCGGUACAAAAAAAUUUUUUUUUUUGAUUCCAAUGAAAUGGUAACCAUGUUAUCAUAUGACGUCAGGAUUGCGCACACGAUUUUUUGAGCCAUUUCCUCCAACCGUAACUGGGCUACGGUAGGAAGGUGGUCACAUGCGUAUCUAAGAAUUGACGAGUUUUCUCUGGGCAAGUUGUAUAUCAAUCGGUAGAUAAUGAAAUUUUAGAAACUUUUUUUCAGUAGAUACCAUCUUGGGUUACUAUAGAAAUUUUCAAGAUACGGUACUUUUUGUGUUCGCGACUUUGGUUUUUUGGUCACCCUACUUGAAAGUGUGUAGGUCAUUUAGUUUUUUUCUUAGUAAUAAUGAUAGACUUUAGAUUUUUGCAGGCUCUAGUGAUUUUGAAAAUAUAUUUUCAUUUGAAAACCUCGCGUCUUUUAAGUUGAUCGUUUUCUAAUUUUUUCCUGGGUCCAAUCACCUUUAUACCUGAAAAUCUUGAGUUUGCGUGUACGAGCCUUUGAAAGAUCUCACGUAGAAAGAAAAAAAAACGUCAAUUUUACAAGUUUAAGAUCCGAGUUUCUCUGUGUAAUAAAAAAAGACGAAAAAAAUAUGAAGAUAAAGGCAAAAAGGGAAUUUUUUUGAAAGUUUGCAUGAGAACAUCUGAGCGAAAUUGCAUUUAAAGGACGAUUUCAUAAUUAAUUAAAAAAAUUUAUAUUGUAAUUUUUCAAGAAUCGAAGCGGAUAGGAACCUAAAUGAAUUACGUGAGUUGGAUAAUUUACGUUCCUUUUUGAAGAUUUUAUAAUUACCUUUUUUUCCAAUUUAAAACAGUAAGGUUUGAAAAGACCGGAGAAAAAAACAGAUUGUUUUAUUUUUGAACAGUUCAGAAGUUUCGAAGAACAUAAAAAAGCGGAAAAUUCAGCGAGUGUCCGGCCAAAACCGGUGAAAAGAAGGAAGGAGAUUCGAAGUAUAUCAUUUUCAGCAACGGAAUCGUCAAAACUAUCUGUGAGUUUCCGGGGAAAAAAAAUUUUUCUUGGAUUUCUUUGCUGAAUCUUUUGAAAAUGUAGUUUGACAUAAAAAAAAUGUUCCCAUAAAAAUGUCACGCUAUUUUUAAAACCAAAAAUAUCAGGGAACAAAAAAAGUGAAACAACGUCAAAAUUCUUCACUGGAAGUGGUCGUCUUUCAUUUUUCUGGUAUUUUAAAAGCUCUAGAAAUGGUGGAGAAGGAAGAGGCAGCAUAAAUAUUGCAUAAAAGUCGAUGAAAUGGGGCAAAGAGGCAGCAAAAAUGGAGCCAUUUUUCACCCUUUCCGACUUUGUCUAUGUAGUUUAAUUACAUCAACUAAUCUGUCUUACCAUGAAAAAAAAAUAAAAACUUGGAAACUAAAAUGAAAAAAGAUAUUUUGUUAAACGUUUUCUGAUAAUCUCUUUUUGGAUUUUUCCGCUUCUUCGAAGGUCGAGGCGACGGAUGUAAAUCGGGCGAAACUUGGAUCUGAUCCGUCGCAUUCUGCUGCCAUUCAAGAGAAACCGAAACCUAUCAGUAAGUCAGAUCAGCUAUUAUUUGAACUGAUCAGCUAUUAUUUGAAGUAUUUUCCUUUUUGAAAAAAAAAGAUGUUGGUUUUAAAAGGCUUUUUUUUUAAACGCCGUCGCAAUAAGCAUGCGAAACGGUCGCGACGCGGUUUUUGACGCCAAGGUUAAAAGUUUUCUCAUUAGUAUAGUUCUUUUACUUUUUUCAUAAAAAUGCGGAAUAAUUUUUUUCGUUAGAUUACGAAAUUACGUUGGUUUAAGAAAUACCCGAAAAUGUCGAGAUUUUCGGGUUGACGCCGCUUUUUACAAACACUUUGUGAAGCAGUUUUGAAAAUAGUUCAGUUUAGCGCCAAUUUAGAAAUCGUCAAAUUUUUUCGCCCACCGCAAGUUUCAUAAUUGGAAACUAUAGCUGAUUCACGGCUGGCUUGAGCCAUCGAAACAUGGGUCCUGCCACGAAAAGAGACGAGACAGUGCCCUGGUUGGUGAAGAGUGCAGACAGGCCACGCCUUUUUGCGUCCCAAGCUAGCCGUGAAUCGUCUAUAGCAAUAUAGUCCGUCUUUUUCAGCCACUCAAGUGCCAACAAUUUCUACUAUAAAGGCCACUAAAACGUUAAAACCCUAAAGUGAUCACUGAAAUUUUUCUCAAAUCAUCAGAAUUUUUUUUCACAAAUCUUCUAAAACUUCCUCUUCAGGCUCUACUGUUCCUCCAACGAAGAAUCUGAAAAAUGUUAAUGGAACAAAAGUUGGCUCCAGUCAGUCCCACGCCAAUGGCAUCAAAGAAAAACCGAAACUUAUUAGUAAGUUUUAAGCGUUCAAAAUGCAAAAAAGGAAAAAUCGAAAAUAUCAAUAAAAAAAGUCUUGAUAUAGAUUUAUUCGGGAAUGAUUUCUACUCGGGCAAAAUCUGAAUGGUCAAUUAUGAGCGCUAGAAAGGAGAGGUUCAAAAAAGUCGCAAAAAGGUCGCAAAAAAGAUUCCCUUUAUAAAGCCUUUCAUUUUUUUUUUGGGAUUCUGAAGGCUCAAGGAAUAGUGGAAAAAGGGAGAGGCAACAAAAAUGGUGCAUAAGAGCCGAUGAAAUGGCGCAAAAAGGGUGUCUUUGUCAACCUAAAAGGAACAUUUUUAUGGAGCCUUUUUCUAUUUUUCCGACCUAUGUAGAGAAACAGAAAUUGAUUCAAAAGUUUUUUUUUAUUGAAAUCAAACAGGGAAAAAAAUUUUUUUUAGCAAUGUUGCUCUGUGUACAAAAUUCACGGUUGUCUUCCGCUUUUUUCAAAUUUCUUAUGAAGUUUUUUUCAAAUAUUUUUUCAUCAAACUUUUCUGAAAAUGUUGUCUUCAGGUUCGACCAGUCCUCCAAAAACCAACCGAAAAAUUGUCAAUGGGACUAAACUGGGCCCCACGCCGUCCAACGCCACUUCCAUCCGAAGGGAGCCAAAAAGAAAAAGUUAGUUUUUCCCUAUUUCUAUUGAAAUAUGACCCGAUAACUCGUUUCAAGGUGCCCCCGUGUUUUUCUUAUCGGAAUUCCUCAACCCCAAGAAGUCCACUCCCACCACUGUGAAACCGAAAUGA